AUGGCUACCGAAGAGCAACCUAAGAUCAAGCUUUACUGGCUCGAGGAAUCCCGUGCUCAAAAUAUCCUAUGGCUCCUUGAAGAGCUCAAAGUGCCUUAUGAGCUCGAAACAUUCCGUCGGGUGAACAUGCUCGCUCCUCCGGAGUUGAAGAAGAUCCACCCGCUGGGCAAAUCACCCGUGCUCUCCAUCACGCCCCCGGGUUCUUCGGAACCGAUCGUUCUAGCCGAGAGCGGGUUCAUAACCCAGUAUCUCAGCGAGCACUUCAGCCAAGGAACCACCCUGAUGCCGAAGCGCUGGAAGGAUGGCCAGGAGGGCAAGAUCGGCGGCGAAACCGAGCAGUGGCUGCGGUGGCAGUAUCUACUGCACUACGUCGAGGGUUCGCUGAUGCCGAUGCUUAUUCUGGCGAUGAUCCUAGGCUCGCUUAGGGGGCCGAAAAUCCCCUUCUUCAUCCGCCCCGUCACCUCCAUGGUUGCCAACCAGAUCUUCAGUCUCCUCGUCCAGCCCAACGCGAAGGCGCAGCUAGGCUUCUUGGAGCAGCAGAUAGCGACGUCGGGCGGCGACUACCUGUGCGGUCCGGAAUUUACGUCCGCCGAUAUCCUGAUCAGUUUCGGCCUGAUCGCGGCUAAGGACAAGUUCGAGACGUUCGGGACGUGGGAGAGCGGCGGUCCGAAGGCGCUGUUCCCCAAGGUGUUCGCGUACAUCGAGAGGCUUGAGUCGCAUCCCGGAUACAAGAGGUCGGUUCAGAAGAUUAAAGAAAUAGACUCGAGCCUUGGCAUCAUAUUCUCCUCGAAAAUGUGA